AUGGGAUCAUGUGUUUCUAAAUCAGGACAGGUUGCAGGGGAAGAUGAAAACAAUGAAGAAGAGGAGGAGCAAUACGAAGAAGAUGAAGACGAAGAUGCUUUUCUCAUUAAAACUGUACCUUUUGCUGAUUUUGUUUUCCAAAAUGAGCCCAUAAUACAUGAUUACGAGUUUAUCAAGUGUGUAAGUUCCAAAUCUUUCUCUUCGAUAUACUUAGUAAAGAAUGUUCAAACAAAUCGAUAUUUUAUUGCAAAAGUUUAUCAAUUUUCACAGUUUAUUAUUAAAGAUGCUGAAGAAAAUAUACAACCGUAUUACAGAAUACAAAAUUCACUGGAUAUUGUUUCAGAAUUGAAUCAUCGGUAUAUAAUUUCUUUAGUAGACGCAUUUACAGAUGAAAUUACUAAUACACUAAACAUUAUAAUGCCAUUAGCUGCACUAGGAAAUCUUAAAACACUAUAUCGAAAAAAGCAAUGCACUCAAUCUUUAAUUAAUCUAUGUUUCCUUCAAACAGCAAUGGCACUAUCAUACAUGCAUUCCAAAAAUAUCGUGCAUAGGGAUGUAAAGCCAGAAAAUAUUCUGGCCAUUUCCGAGGAUUUGUUUGUUCUGACAGAUUUUUAUUUAGCACAACAUGUUAAAGAUGACGAAAAAGUAUCCGAUAUUACAGGUACAAUCGGCUUUUUGGCGCCAGAAAUUUUCAAUGGAAAUGAAUAUUCUCCAAAACCAGCCGAUGUCUGGGCAUUUGGCGUGUCAUUAUAUGAGAUAUGCUUUGGAAAAUUACCUUUCAAUAUCGAAACGAAUGAAGAAUAUUCAUAUUUAGAAGCAUUUGAACAUGUUAAAUUAUGCUUGGAUACAAACGAGCUUGAAAUACCAACAGAUGAUAAAAUGCUUUCAGACCUCCUAAAGAAGAUUUUACAGCUAAGUCCUGCUAAUCGACCAACUUUUGAUCAAAUCAUUGCCGAUCCAUUCUUUGAUCCGGCAAGACCAGUUGAAAAAGAAAUAGAAAAAGAAGAUAAUCAAUAUCAAUAG